AUGACCGGCUACGAUCAAUUAUUAAAACAAUGUCAAUUAGAAUUAUGUUUAGAAAAAAUGAUGAAACCUGUUAAUUCAGAUAAAAUUUGUUGUCUAACACGAUUACUUGCCCAUUAUUAUACAGUGACAAAUGAUUUUAAUCGUUCAUUAAAAUAUUAUAAAAAAUCUAUAAAUUUAAUUAUUUUAACAACAAAUGAUAAUAAUGAAAUUGCUGAUAUACAUCAUACGAUUGGUUUAAUUUAUUAUCAUAAAAAACAACAGUAUAAUUUAGCUGUUAAAUAUUUUAAAAAUGAAUUAAAUAUAUAUGAAUUAAAUUUUAAUGAUGAUAAACUUCAAUUGGCUGAAUUAUAUAAUUUAAUUGGUUCUUGCUAUUUAAAACAGAAUAAAUAUAUUUUAGCAUUAAAGUACUAUGAAAGUUGUUUGUUCUUAUACACUCAAUGUUCACCAUUAUUCAAUUGCAUACCUAUUUACAAACUAUUGGCCACUUUAUACUUCCAAAAUCGAGAAUAUAAUUCAGCAAUUAAAUAUUAUCAAAAAUUAGUAAUAAAUACUGACAAUGAUAAUGUUACUGAAUUAAAUUAUUAUUAUACAAAUAUUGCCAUAUGUUAUUACAAGAAAAAAAAUAGUAAUUUAGCAAUAAAAUAUUAUGAAAAAAGUUUAUUAUUAUCAACAGAUAUAUUUGAACGUGGUAAUAUUUACUAUUCAUUAGGUGAUAUCUAUUGUGAACAAGUUAAAUAUCAUUUAGCAAUUAAAUACUUUAAAAUGGCUUUAACAACAUUACGUAAUAAAUUAAAUUGUUCAAUUAUUCAUCGUAAAAUUGGAUAUUGUUAUUAUUCUAUUGAUGAAUAUGAUUUAUCAAUUGAUCAUUGUAAAAAAUCAUUGAUAAUACAAGAAGAUGAUGAUGAUACUAUCCAUACAAUGUAUUACAUAAUAGCUUUUUGUUAUGAAAUGAAAAAUGAAUUUGAUCAAGCAUUAGAAUAUUAUAAAAAAUGCUUAGAAAUAAAAAAAGAAUUUCAUUUAUCUAUAUUAAAUAUUUUAGAUUCAAUUGCGUGUAUCUGUUAUAGAAAAAAAGAAUAUAAUAAUGCUAUUUACUAUUGGGUAAAAAUGUUACUACAAGAUGAUUGGAAAGAUAAAGGUAAAUUUUAA